AUGGAUACGGCAACCGCGUCGGGGCCGGGAGCUAUCAGCUGCAUAACGGCCGCCGAGCGGCAGCUGCGCAGCGAUUCCCCGAUGUUGGUCGAUGGCAACCGUGCUACGGGCGGACGCUUCGUUGCCCUAACGAAGGCGGCGCUGGCGCUCGACGUCGGCGACAGCAGUUACCCGUGGCCGCGCCGCUACGCCAUCACGUUUUCGCCGUGUCUACGCAAGUUCUCGUGGGACCCGUACUCCCCGGUCUACAAGAGCAGCGACGUGGAGAGGACGCGGAACUCGUACCUGCGCACCACCAUCCCCUUUGCCUCCCUCACACGGGAGAAGCAGUUGCAGCGGAUGGAGAUGUGGGAGGAAAACCUGCGCCGGCACGUGCACGACGGCUUAAACCCUCUUGAAGAAGCUCCAGUGCCACAAACUCCAAAAAAGCGGUCGAAGCAGAAUAAAAAGCGGCAGCUGAAAAAACAACGAGAGAUCCGUCUUAAGGCUGAACGAGAGCAGCUGUAUCAACCACUGCAGCAGCCGCCGCCGCAGUAUCUACAACAAACACCGAUGCCGGGUGUGCGCCCCUGCUGGCGAGAUAAACAUGCGUCAAAGUUUCAACGCUCUCACCCUCCGCCUGCAUAUCAGCACGGCGGUCACAAUUUCUUACCGGCCUUUGGUGCUGCGGGCGGGUUUCAUCCCGCAGUAUGA